AUGGAUAAAGUAAAGGAUUUCUCAUCAUGGGCUGUUCCACAGCCUGUAGAACAGAUGCUCUCCAGGUUGGUAAGACUUGGUAGACUAAAGCUUAGCGAGGCCGAUAAAAUCGAGUGUGGCAGCUGGUCCAGAGUCAGUUCUGUUAACCCAGAAACCAACUUGGGAUCUUAG